AUGAAAUUCAUCAACGCGCUUCUUGUUACAGCCUCACUCACACAGGCCCAUCCAAAGCCUCACAAGUCCGAUCGGGCAUUGUACUUCCUCGACAGCGACCCCCAGGGCGCUUCUGUUGUCUCACUCAGCAUUGCCAAAGAUGGCUCGUUCGGUCAGCCACAGAGAAUCUCGACCAGUGGAAAGGGUCUUAUUAGCAAUAACAUGAAUGGAACUGUCAAGAUGGAUCCCCUCUUCUCCCAAGGCUCCAUUAUUGUAAGCGGGAACCGCUUGUUCACCGUCAACGCUGGCUCCAACACUUUGGCCGCUUUCCAUAUCCCCAAGGAGAACCCAGCUCAUCCGCUUCUUCUCGGCGAACCUGUCGAUACCGUUGGCACAGUUCCCAACACAGUUGCGUAUUCUCGCAAGCACAAGCUUGCUUGCGUCGCCAAUACUGGAACCAAGCCUGGAGUUCAGUGCUUCACUGUCUCGGACUGCGAUGGUUUGAAGCCCCAGGGCAACCUCAAGCCUCUUCCUGUCUUCGGCCAGACAUCCCCUCCAACAGGGCCUCCGAACACUGUUUCCAACAUUCUCUUCAAUCCUUCCGAAACGGCUCUUUUCGUUACCAUCAAGGGCAACGGUAUGGAGAAUGGUUUCGUUUAUGCUUACAAGGUUGAGAAUAGCCGCGUGAGCGAGGAAGCUAUAAAGUCACAGCCCAAUAACUUGCCAGUUGCUUUUGGAAUGAGCUUUGUCUCCGACGGUUCUGCUGUUGUUUCCACUCCCGCUUAUGGUGCAGCAUUUGUGUCCAUCGCCGAUGAUCUCACUGUGUCCACCAAGACAAAUAUCACAGUCCCAAAACAAAUGGCCACUUGCUGGACCGCAACUUCCACUGGUUCUAGAUCUGUCUAUCUCCUCGAUGCCGCUGUUCCAGACGUCACUGCUCUCAAUACCGAGACUAUGGCCAUCGGACGCACUCUCUCAGGCUAUGCUGCCGGUAAGGGCAAUUUCGACGCCAUCAUCAGUGGCUCCAAGCUCUAUGCUCUGCAGGCUGCUCCAGCGAUUGCGGUGUUUGAGUUGAAGCAUGAUUCUUAUGGUCCAAGAGUGAUCAACCUGAGCGGACUCGGGAACCGUGCUUCUUGGACAGGAAUGGCUGUUUACUGA